GUCAACAAAGGGGCAAGAAGAAAAUAUAAAAUAUCAACAAAAUCUGCAAAAUUUACAGUGAAAUUUUAAAAGAAUAAUAAAUUGUUACUAAAAUAUUUCUAAAAAUGACUCUAAAUUAUCAUUGAAGUGACACUAAAGUCGUAUUGUGCUAGUUCAAAGUGAAGUUUCGUGGCAAAAAUCGCACCGCACCCGGAUUUCCAAUGGAAUCAAUAUUCGUGAACCACCCACAACAGCAGCAGGCGCAGCUGGACGAGGAUCCGGAUGUUUUGGCCGAGGACAACACCAGACCCUCGCUGCCGGAAGAUUUUCCAAACUUUCGAGAUUUCCAAAUCGAGAAAAUGGUGCUCUACUUUCGGGUGGUAACCGACGGGUCGGAACAGCGGCUUCGGCUCGGGUUCAAGUGCAAGCUGUGCGGGGAGGUGUUCAACAAGACCAUGCAACUGCUCGGGCACAUUCGGAACCACUUCGAGGAUAAUCACAUAUGCAAGGAUUGUGGGAAGUACUUCUUCGAUACGAACAAGCUUCUGAUUCAUAAGAGGGCAAAACAUACCCAACCACUGAAAUGCCAACUGGGAUGCUUGAGCUACACCACAUCCAACAUCAAAUGUCUACAGACGCACUACCUGCGACAUCACUGUAUAAAAAUACGUCCUAAGGAUAUGAAAAAGAUGGAAGACGUUGUCAGUCCACAACAAUAUCGACUGACCACAAUGGGCACCAGCGAAAGUAAAACAAAAACGCAGCGGGAGGCCUUGGCAGAUCAGCAGCGAUCGCUUUCCCAUGCGGUACAGCGAUCACAGCAAUCGAAACCACCGGAGACCGAAGACGAUGAGGUGGACGAUGCGGAAGAUCAGGAUGUGGAUCAGGACGAGGACGAGGAAUUCGACGAACCGGAGGAUUACGGGCAAACGGUGGAAUGCUGCGUCUGUGAUGUGUACAUUCCAACCGAAGAGGACCUAAAAGUUCACGAGCAGACCCACAGUAGUCCGUACACCUGUAAGAUUUGUUUCACGGUCUACGAUCAACUGGCCGACGCUCGAAGUCACUACGAUGCGCAUGAGAAAACGCAAGUCAUGCAGAAUCCAGUACAACUGCAAACGGUUACUUAUACACCGGCAGUAAGCAUCCAGCAUCAACCGCAGCAGGCUUCCGUUCCCAUAGUAACCACUUCCUGCCAACAGCAACAGCAGGCUCCUAAUAUGACAACCAUGCUGAUCAUGCACAACGGAACACCCAUGUUGGUACCGGUUCAGACGUUCGACAGCAGUCAGCUGGUUCAGGCCUACCCAACGCACACAAUUCCGACGCAGCUUAGCGCCCAACCCACGGUGGCAACAGGAGCGACCACAAUCACUCCCAUAACGACCGCCUGGCCCAUCAACCACCUACUUCCGGUAAACAAUCAAAUCGAAAUCAUUCCAAUACAUCCGGCACAGACCGUGGGGGGAGGAGCACAUCCAGCGACAACCCUCAAUCCGAUCCCCAUCCAGAACUGUGUUCCGCAGGCCGCGGGAGCGGCUAGCGGAGGGAUCGUCAUCACCCCGGUAACGACGAUCGAUCAACAUCACUACUUGAGGCAACAGCAGGCCUUGCAGGCGCAACUACAGUUGCAACAACAACAACAGCUGCAGUUGCGUCAACAGCCACAACAACAGCAGUAUCAUCAGUCUCCAACGCAGUAGGCUUUCCGGUAAGUUUCUACGCUUUGUGGGACACAAGGGAAAAAGUAUCAAACAAUUGUCGUAAUUUUUUAGAACGCUUUUCAAGGACUAAGUUAUUCUUUUUUGUUUAAUAGUUUAUUGCUAU